AUGGCGGAAGAUGAUAAGGGUACUACGGAGAAACCCACCAAAGCCGAAGAGGGGACCGCUGAGGAAAACAAAAAGAAGCCAGCUUUUGAUGACUUAUUGAAGUUCGGCAGAUAUACUAAAUUUCUAACUAUUGUGUUUUUUUUGUUACUGACCACUCAGUCGCUACAGCUGUUGUUUAUGUCUUUUGCAGGGGCUGGACCACGUGUCACAGAUGUUACAUGUAAUGGAACAAGGCCACCGGAAAUAACGAAGGAAGUGAUGAGUGAACUUGUUAAAGUCUGUGACAUGGUAGAAGAGAUUGAGAAGAAAACAGGAGUCAUUUGCGAGAUUAGCAGAAGUUAUAAGUAUGGAGCCAUACAUAAAUCGUUUGGAGUCGAAUGUAACCCAAACGCUGUGAUGUAUAGCUCAUCCUUUCAACACAGUGGAUUAAUAUUUGGUACGCUUAUCAGCGGAUAUUUUGCGAACAGAUAUGGUCGGAAAUACACUCUGAUGGGCGAUUUAGCAUUGUUAUCAUUCUUCUUGGUUAUCUCAGCAUUUUCACCAAACAUCAUUUUCUUCACCAUACUUAGAUUUAUUGUCAUGAUGUGUGCCGCUGGAUCUCAUAACGUUUGCCACUUAUUUAUCAUUGAGAACCUACCUCCGAAAUGGAGAAGUAUUAUACCAACAUACUUGAGUUAUCCAGUAGGUUUCUUUAUGACUGCUGUCUUGGCAAACUUUUGUGGGGACUGGGUGACGCUAACAUAUGUCAGUGCAGCAUUUACCAUUCUUCCAAUUAUUCUUAUGGGCUUUGCUGUUGAAACGCCUUCAUUCUUGUUUGGCAAAGGUAAUGUGAUGGCUCCAAAGAAGAAGCAGGAUGUUAAGCUAGAAAGUCAAGAGGGAGAUUCAACAGAAGCUUUCUUGAAAAAGAAGGGAAUAGAGUGCAGAAAGAAGGCAAGAGAUGCAGCACAGAAAUGUGACACUUUCUUUUUCACGAAAAAAUCUGUGGAUUUUGACGAAAAGUGGAGAGCCGCAGCCAUCCAGCAAAGGAUUAAUGAAAUUGCAAGCAGAAUGGCAGCUGAAGAUUCGAAGGAAGAAAAGUCUUCUGGGUUAUUCAGCAGUCCUCUGUUUAAAGAUAAAAGACUUGUUUGCUUCACUACAAUUCUUGCUUUUUGCAUCAUUACACUAAGUACCACCACUUACGGCGUCCUAAUGGGGAUGGGUGGUGUUCCUGGUGCAAUUUGGGUAAAUGUCGCUCUAUCAGCAGUUUUAUCGUAUCUCUGUAACUGGUUGGCUAUUGCCGCUGAACUUAUAUGUGGAAAAUUAAAGCAUCCGAUGUGGGCUGGUAGACGUCAGUUGCACAUCGGAUUUGCCGGUCUAACGUUGUUGCUUCUUUUGUGUCUCCUAUCUGUGGACGUAAGUGGAAAAGCUACACCUGGAAGUGGAGUAUGGGAAACAGUGGUGAGAUUUUUGGCGUGGGCAAUUGUUGGUACUUGUACCGAGCUUUACAUAGUCCAUCACGUACAGUCUUCUGAGACUUUCCCAACGCCAGUUCGAGCAGUCGGAUGCAGUAUUGUGCAAACAGCAAGUCGUUUGGGAAACGCGUUUGGGCCCUUGCUUCUUAUUACGAAGAAAUAUCACUCGUCUAUUCCGUAUGUUAUUAUGGCAGCUUUAUUUACGCUUGAGCUGUUGAUAUACAUCCACUACAGUUUUGGGCUUUGUGGCAGAAAAACUGAGGAGCAGGCUGUGAUACGUGAAACAAAGGGUAAACCGAAGCCUGAGUUUAUGCAGAGCGAAAGUCAAGGGAAAAGCUUUAACGAUUAUGUAAAGGAAGUUAAAAUGACUGACGAAGAUUUGGCUGAAUUUGAUGAUACUUCUGCUUAG